GUCGUAGUAGUGACUAGUGUUUUAGACUAACACUAACAAACGUUAAUAAUGGAUUUCAACCGAAGUGUAUUGAGACCUUUGUCACAACUAGGUUCUAGUUUCAUGGAAAAUGAAGAUGAACUUCAAUUAAUGGGUUGGAAUCUUACUCCUGAAGAUCUUACUCAUAUACCAGAACAUUGGUUGUCGUACCCAGAAGUUAGAGCGCUCUACCAUUAUAUUUUGGCAUUCGCUUAUACAAUUUUAUUUUGUCUUGGUGUAAUUGGAAAUGGUCUGGUGUUAUGGAUAUUUUGUGUAUCAAAACCAUUACGAACACCUUCCAAUUUGUUUGUCCUCAAUUUGGCGCUCUGUGAUUUUUCCAUGGUAUUAGUACUACCAAUCCUCAUCUAUGAUUCAAUAGAUCAUAAAUAUCCAGGCCAUUUACAAUGUCAGAUAUUUGCAUUGUGCGGAUCUAUCAGUGGCAUUGGAGCAGGAGCCACAAACGCUGCGAUUGCUUAUGACAGAUAUAGUACAAUUGCAAAACCAUUUGAAGGUCGUAUGACUUAUGGCAAAGCAUUAAUAUUGAUCAUAUGUAUUUGGACUUAUGUUUUACCGUGGUGCUUAUUUCCUUUAACUGAAAAGUGGAAUCGAUUUGUACCAGAGGGUUUUUUGACAAGUUGUUCUUUUGACUACUUAACGCCUACCGAGGAGACUAAAGCUUUUGUUGGAACCAUGUUUGUGAUUUGUUACGUAAUCCCGAUGUCUUUUAUAAUAUACUUUUAUUCACAAAUAGUCUGCCAUGUGUUCAACCAUGAAAAAGCACUUCGUGAACAAGCUAAAAAGAUGAAUGUUGAAUCUUUGCGAAGUAAUCAAGAUGCAAAUGCUCAAUCAGCGGAAGUUAGAAUUGCAAAAGCCGCAAUUACGAUUUGUUUCUUGUUUGUAGCUGCUUGGACACCAUACGCGGUAGUUGCUAUGAUUGGCGCUUUUGGAGAUCAAUCUUUACUAACACCUAUCGCGUCAAUGCUACCAGCGGUGUUUGCCAAGACUGUGGCUUGUUUCGACCCUUAUGUAUACGCUAUCAGUCAUCCUAAAUACAGAUUAGAACUUUCAAAACGCGUCCCAUGCUUGGGUAUUAAUGAAAAACCUCCGACAACAAGCGAUACACAAUCAAUAACUACUGCUGCUUAAUGCAUUUAAUGCUAGUAUUUAAUUUGAUUUUUUCAAUAUUUAGAUUUUAAUCAAAAAAAAAAUUAACUCA